AUGUACAUUAGAAUUUUCCAAGUCUGGUAGAAUAGCAUAACACGCAGUACUCGUUUGCAGUUUGAAACUCAAUCCCGGUAAAACUCAUCUCGCUGUCCAAAGAUUCUCACUUGUUUCCCCUUCACGUUUCAAUCGAGUUGUGUACCAAUAAAUAGACAAAGUUGUUUCUCCCUCACUUCCAUCUUUUUCUUCCUUGCUCUCUGUCCCUCUGUUUCUUAACAUCUUAAAUUAUGAGUCAACAAUACUUUCAGAGAACAAAUUGGUGCAGAGCUCUUUGUGUUUCCAUUGCUACCAUAACAUUAAUCUUCUUUGUAGGUUUGCAAGUAAUUGAUGAUGGUGCUUCUUCGCCAAUAUUCCGGCGAUCAAAUAUUGAAGUGAACCACUAUGAGAAAAACACGACCAAAAAAACACUGAAUGAUCAAGUUGUAGAGUCGGAGCAUGCAGUUGUCGCGGCAGAUGAUGCGCGUUGUUCCGAAAUUGGUGCAGUAAUGUUGAGACAUGGGGGGCACGCAGUUGAUGCUGCAGUUGCAACAUGUUUGUGUUUGGGCGUUGUGUAUCCUAUGUCAAGUGGAAUAGGUGGUGGUGGGUUCAUGGUGGUCCGAUCUUCAUCCACCGGGAAAGCCCAAGCUUUCAAUUCUAGAGAGACAGCACCUUUAGCUGCAUCAAAGGACAUGUACGCAAAUAACCUCAUGAACAAGUCCGUCGGCGCACUGUCAGUUGCUGUUCCAGGUGAGAUAGCCGGACUUCAUGAAGCAUGGGUGAGAUAUGGAAAAUUGCCCUGGAGCAAGCUUUUCCAGCCAGCCAUUAAACUCGCAAAAGAAGGCUUUGUAGUCUCACCUUAUCUCGAAAUGGGCAUUAAUAGAACCAAAAGUAACAUUCUAGCGGAUACCAUUGGAUUGGGAAGAAUACUGGCACCAAAAGGAAAAUUGUUGCGAGCAGGCGACACUUGCUAUAAUAUACAACUUGGUCGCACUUUAGAAAUAAUUGCAAAAAAAGGGCCUCGGGCAUUUUAUAACGGGAACCUAGGAAAGAAAUUUGUCAAGGAUGUGAAGAAGGCUGGAGGGAUAAUAACAAUGAAGGAUUUGAGGGAUUACAAAGUUGAUAUAACUGAUGCAGUGUCUGUGAAUGUCAUGGGAUUCACCGUACUUGGAAUGCCUCCUCCUUCAAGUGGUACUCUAGGGCUCUCUCUGGUUACAAACAUUUUGAGUGGCUAUGGGUCAUUAGAUUUCCUGAAAAGUCCGCUGGGUCUUCAUCGAUUUAUCGAAGCGUUAAAGCAUAUGUUAGCAAUUCGAAUGAACCUUGGUGAUCCAAAGUUUGUGAACACAACAAAAUAUGAAGCUGAUAUGGUUUCGCCAUCAUUUGCUGCUAAACUUCGACGAAAAAUACUCGAUAAUACUACGUUUUCUUCCGAUUAUUACCUGCCAAAAUGGAGUCAGCUAGAUGAUCAUGGAACUACUCAUUUCUGCAUUGUAGAUGCAGACAGGAAUGCUGUAUCAAUGACAUCCACCAUAAAUUCUUAUUUUGGAGCCGGUUUACUCUCUCCGUCUACGGGCAUUGUUCUCAAUAAUGAGAUGGAUGAUUUCUCUGCACCCACGGAAAUAUCCAAAACUAGACUUCCUCCUGCACCAGCAAAUUUUAUUGCACCAAACAAGAGACCUUUAUCUUCUAUGAACCCAGUUAUCGUACUUAAGGAUAAUCAAUUAACUGGAGUUGUCGGAGCUAGCGGUGGGCUUUUUAUAAUUCCUGCCGUUAUCCAAGUCUUUCUCAACCAUUUUGUCAAAGGAAUGGAACCUCUAUCCGCUGUAAAACAACCAAGGGUUUACCAUCAGGUAGUACCAAAUGUGGUAUUGUACGAGAAUUGGACAGUGAUUAAUGGUGAGCACAUUGAGCUCUCAAAUAAGAACAAGAGAUUCUUGACAACAAGAAAUCAUACAUUGCAGCCUCAGUCGAGUGGAGCUAUCUGUCAACUUGUUAUGCAAGACCUUGAAAAACCAAUUCAGAAGAAGAAAGGAGGAAGAAAAUAUGGUAAUGGACGUGAAGAAGUGUUUCACGGAAUGCUUACUGCUGUUAGUGAUCCCAGGAAAAAUGGAAGACCAGCCGCUGUUUAAUUGAAUCUGCAUGCACAAUUUGCCUUUUGUCAAAUAUUUUCUAAUAAGAACCAAUUAAAGCUCUCUUUCUUUUCCUAUUGAUUUUAUCGAUUUAUAUAUCGUCAGUAGGUCGAGUUUUUCUUAACCAUUUUAUCAUUGGAAUGCAAAACUUUCCUGCUAUGUCGAACCACUAA